UCUUUCUAGGUCACAGCUAUGGCGGCAUCGCUGCUCUCUCUCCUUUGCUCUUCUUUCUCCCUCGACACAGCAAGGAAUGCGCGCGUUCUUACUGGAAUUCCGCCAUCGCCGAGCGGCUGCAUUCCCUUUUCCAGCGGAAGGAGCACAAAUCGUCCGAGCAGGAUUUUGGCGACGAGCAGCUGGAAUGGCGUGGCCGGAGGCAUCGACAGGGAAGCAGCGGCCAGGGAUUUGCUGGAAUGGAUGGCGAGCAAGGGCGUGGCAGAGCCUGGAGGUGUGGAGGUGAGGCGCGGGGAGCUGGGGCUGGGGCUGUUUGCCAAGCGCAGCGUGUCCAAGAACCAGGAGGUGGUGUCCAUUCCCAAGACGCUGUGGAUGGAUGCGGACACUGUGAGAAGGUCUGAGAUCGGUGAGUGCUGCGAGGGAUUGAGGCCGUGGAUCGCAGUGGCGUUGUAUUUGCUACACGAGAAGGCCAAGCCUCACUCGGAUUGGAGUGCUUACAUUCGUGUUCUUCCACGCACGCUAGAUUCUCCACUCUUCUGGUCGGAAGAAGAACUUGCCGAGCUCAAAGGUACUCAGCUCCUCAGUUCCAUGAAUGGUUUCAAGGAAUUUCUCAAGCGUGAAUAUGACAAGGUGAUGACGGAGGUGAUUGAGCCAAGGCCAGAUGUUUUCGAUCGUAGCCUCUACACUCUUGAGGCGUUUACCUGGGCUUUCGGGAUACUGCGUUCUCGGACAUUUCCACCACUUAUCGGAGAUAACCUCGCGUUGGUACCACUGGCGGACUUUGUAAAUCAUGGCUUCGGGCUGACCAAUGAAGAUCCUGGCUGGAAAGUCAAGUCUGCCGGAGUAUUCGCUCGCCAAGAAACUUUGACGUUGCAAGCUGCAGCGAAUUGUGCUGAGAAGCAAGAGGUUCUCAUACAAUAUGGGAAAAAGAAAGGGAAUGCACAGCUUGCCACGGACUACGGGUUUGUGGAUAGCGAUGAGAAAAACAACCGGGAUAGUUUCACAUUGACUUUGCAAGUAUCUCUUUCUGAGCGUUUUGCCGAUGACAAAGUGGACAUCGCACAGAUGGCAGGACUGGAUAGCACUGCUUAUUUCAACCUUUACAGAAAUCAAGGCCCUCCGGAAGACAUGAUUGCGUACCUCAGGCUCAUUGCAUUGUUCGGAUCCGAUUCAUUCUUGCUAGAGGCACUAUUCCGAAACACUGUCUGGGAUCACUUGAGACUUCCUAUCAGCCGGGAGAAUGAGGAGGCUAUUUGUGAAGCUAUGAUCGAGGGCUGUCGAGCCACGCUAAGAGAGUACAGCUCUACUAUUGACGAGGAUACCAUGCUUUUGAACUCUAGUGAACUUAGCACACGAAAGAAAAUGGCUGUGGUUGUGAGACUUGGCGAGAAGAGAAUCUUGCAAGAGCAGCUACAGUGGUUCGAGACGCAUCUCGCAGAUCUGGACAGGCUUGAGUUCUAUGCGGAGAGAAGACUACGGGACUUGGGAUUGCUGGAUGACAAAGGCAACAUGACGCCAUGGGUUUUCAAAUCUUAGAAACUAUCCCAUCCAAUUGUGGUUCGAUCCAGCGUCGGUAAUCGGCUAUCGGCUUGAUGUAUACUACAGUGAUAGAGGUUAGACAAGACAUUUGAGUGAAGGAGUGAAGGAUAUCAUCUAGAUAUGAAAAAAGUUAAUAUAAUUCGUGUUCUCACUAUAUAAUGAGGCACUUUGAUAGCUAGAUAAUCUUUGUUUCUGCCUUGCUAAUAUGGUAUUAGAGAAUAAAUCUGGUACGGCAUUAAUAAA